GCCAUUGGCAGCACGCGGCGACCACAUCUUUCCAAACACCACAGCGCGUAUGCCGAGACGUAACGGGGAAUUACCUGCAAGGCUUGUUUUUUUGUGUAUAUUUAGUAUUUACUUUAUAUAGACAACAACUGUGUUUGUUUUGAGAAUUACUGUAUUUUUAUGUUAGUUUGUCUUGGUGUCCACCACUACUGCAGCACACAACGAGUCUUAUCUCAGGAGAAGGCCCAGCAUAAUUCAAGUUAUAUCUGCCGGCAACCUAAAAUGAGCAGCAUUGACAGGAGAAGUGCAUCUCCCCAGUGUCCAAAACCCAAUGAGCCAGAACCUCCUGAGGGCACUGCCAUGGCAGAGGAUAUCUCGGGUCGAGAUAGUCCAUCUUCGGAAAUGCAAGAUAUUAUGGGGGGAAUAAUAACAAGUGAAAUGGUUGAAGAGGAGAAGAAGCUUAUGAAGGAAGGUCAGAAGAAAGAACAAGCCCUGAUGGAAAAGGCACGUGCAGUUUGGGAAAAAGAUGCUCACGACAUGCGCUUCAGCAGAUUGCAGUUUUUAUUAGAGAAAAGCAACAUCUAUGCUAAAUUUCUUUUGACCAAAAUGGAACAGCAGCAUCUUGAGGAGCAAAAAAGAAAAGAAAAGUUAGAGAAGAAAGCUGCCUCUGUCAAGCAAGAAAACGUGGGAUUGAAAGCAAAAGAUAAAAAUACAGGCAAAAAAGUUGGCCAAAGGAAAAGAGGAAGGGAAGAAGAUUACAAGAUCUCCGAUGUCAUGUCUAAGGAGGAAAUCUUGAACAAAGCAAAAAAGAAAAAGGCAGAAACUGAGGAGGAGGAAGAUAAACAACAGAAAACACUUCUAGCCGAAGAUCUUGAAAAAAUGAGUGAUUCUACCUUUGAAAUUAAAGACCGGUUGGCCCAGACUGUCCGUCACAACUCUCAACAUCUCUUUCACCCAGACCGAAAAGUAGAUGGCCAGCCUGUCCCUUACCAGCAGCCCAAGAUAUUCACAGGGGGAGUCAUGAGAUGGUACCAGGUAGAGGGCAUGGAAUGGCUUAGGAUGCUCUGGGAAAAUGGCAUUAAUGGCAUCUUGGCUGAUGAGAUGGGCCUGGGAAAAACUGUUCAGUGCAUCGCCACUAUCGCUAUGAUUGUGGAACGAGGGGUCCGAGGUCCAUUCCUUGUAGUAGGCCCCUUGUCAACUCUGCCUAAUUGGAUGUCAGAGUUCAAUCGAUUUACACCAGAGAUCAGUGUAAUUCUAUAUCACGGACAUCCGCAGGAGAGAGAGAAAGUUCUUCGAAGUAUUAAACAGCAGCAAGGACCACUGCAGAUGAACCCCGUAGUUAUUACUUCUUAUGAAAUUGCAAUGAAAGACCGGAGAAAGCUGCAGUUUUUGCAUUGGAAGUACCUUAUUGUUGAUGAAGGGCACAGAAUAAAAAACAUUAACUGCCGGCUGGUACAGGAGCUCAAGCAGUUCAACUCUGACAACAAGCUACUUCUGACUGGUACUCCACUGCAGAAUAAUCUGGCUGAGCUCUGGUCGUUAUUGAAUUUCCUUUUGCCUGAUGUUUUUGAUGACUUGAAAAGCUUUGAGUCUUGGUUUGAUAUCAGCAGUGUCACUACUGAUGCAGAAAACACCAUUGCACAAGAACGCGAGCAGAACAUUUUGCACAUGCUUCAUCAGAUUUUAACACCCUUUCUGCUGAGAAGGCUGAAGUGUGAUGUAGCCCUAGAAGUUCCUCCGAAGCGUGAAGUGGUGGUUUUUGCUCCACUCACUCCAAAGCAGGAGAAGUUCUACACUGCUGUUGUGAACAGAACCAUUCAAAAGAUGCUUGGGGUGUCUGAGCAGGAUAAAAAUCCAACAGAAGUUACCAGUGUUGGUAGACCCAAACGACGCAGUGUGCGAGCUGUGGAUUAUUGUGAGCUCUAUGAAGAUUCUCCCCAGGACUUGGAGAAGCUAAUUGCAAAACUGCAAAAAGAAGCCGAUUAUCAACAAAGUAGACCAGUGGUUAAUGUUCAAGAACCACGGGAUGCUGAGAUCCACCUGAAAAUGCAGAAUGUCUUGAUGCUGCUGAAGAGAUGUUGCAAUCAUCCAUAUCUUAUUGAAUAUCCCCUUGAUCCAGCCACACAGGAUUUCAAGGUAGAUGAACAGCUUGUGCAGAAUUCUGGGAAGUUUCUUGUACUUGACAGAAUGUUGCCUGAAUUACGCAAAAGAGGACACAAGGUCUUGAUAUUUUCUCAGAUGACCUCAAUUCUAGACAUCCUGAUGGAUUACUGCUACCUAAGGGGCUUUCAGUAUAGUCGGUUGGAUGGAUCAAUGUCCUUUUCUGAAAGAGAAGAAAAUAUGAGAAAGUUUAACUGUGACUCUGAAGUUUUUCUGUUCCUGUUGAGCACAAGGGCAGGGGGUCUUGGCAUUAACUUGACUGCAGCUGACACUGUCAUUAUCUUUGAUAGUGACUGGAACCCUCAGGCUGACCUCCAGGCUCAAGACAGGUGUCACAGAAUUGGUCAGACCAAACCAGUUAUGGUUUACCGCUUGGUGACAGCCAAUACAAUUGACCAGAAGAUAGUGGAGCGUGCAGCUGCCAAGAGAAAACUGGAAAAGAUGGUCAUUCAUAAAAAUAAGUUUAAAGGAGGUACAACGGGCUUUAAUUCUUCUAAAAGCUGUCUAGCUCCAGAUGAACUAAUGGAGCUGCUGAAAUCCAGAGAUUAUGACAGAGAAAUCAAAGGCACGGGGAGCAAAGUAAUUAGUGAUAAAGACUUGAAAGACCUACUAGAUCGCAGUGACCUCAUUGACCAGAUGAAGAAAAGGAGCAAGAAAGAGAAAAAGGGUCUUUACAAAGUGCUAGAAAACACCGAUGAUGGUGACAUUCAGCUGUCAUGAAAAAAAUUAAGUGAAGCAACAGACUGGAUGUGGAAUUGCGUAGUGCUGCUACUUAUUUGCUGGUAAAAGGAAAUGACAAUUGGAAAUACAGGAGGACUACAGAGGCCUCCUCUUCAUUCCAAAUUAGUUCUUAAAUUUCAGAAACCUUUAUUUUUGCUUGGUUGCUUCCUUACCUGCUGAUCACUUGAUUGGAGUAUCCUCAGGGUCUUAAAGUUGAUAAUAGGAUCACAUUCCAUGAACAAGCAAGCAUUUUUUUCACAAGAAAAGUUACAUUUUAUUGCCCUCUGGGUUCCACAAAGGAGAGGCUGUAAUGUAUAUUUUGUAAAGUUCCUGUUCUUGUUUUACAUUUGUAAAUUUUAUAUAAAAAAUAGCUGCUAGAUGUAUGUACAGUUAAGGCAAAAAGUUUUGUUAGGUCUUUCUGUGGUUUCGGCACUUAGUUAUCUUGUUCUUUAGAUUUGUGCACAUCAUUUCAGUUUAAUAAAUGUUUACUUUUUG